CGGCGGCGGCGGCGGCGGCGGCGGCGGCGGCAGCGACGCCAGAGCCCGUGGGCGCCGUUCUCGAGGCAACCGCAAGAGCCCGGCCGCAGCGCGGGGAGGCCGGGGGUCUGGAGGCCGCCGCUGCCGCCAUGCCGCUGCUCUUCCUCGAGCGCUUCCCCUGGCCCAGCCUCCGCACCUACACGGGCCUCAGCGGCCUGGCCCUGCUCGGCACCAUCGUCAGCGCCUACCGCGCCCUCAGCCAGCCCGACGCCGGGCCAGGCGAGCCGGAGCCGCUAACGGCCCCGCUGCAGCCCGACCUGCCCGCGCCCGCCCGGCCGGGAGCCGGCGGCCCCCGGGCCCGCGACGUGGCCCAGUACCUGCUCUCGGACAGUCUCUUCGUGUGGGUUCUGGUAAAUACUGCUUGCUGUGUUUUGAUGUUGGUGGCUAAGCUUAUCCAGUGUAUUGUGUUUGGCCCUCUUCGAGUGAGCGAGAGACAGCACCUCAAAGACAAGUUUUGGAAUUUUAUUUUCUACAAGUUCAUUUUCAUUUUUGGUGUGCUGAAUGUGCAGACAGUGGAAGAAGUGGUCAUGUGGUGCCUCUGGUUUGCUGGACUUGUGUUUCUGCAUCUGAUGGUUCAGCUCUGCAAGGACCGAUUUGAAUAUCUUUCCUUUUCUCCCACCACGCCCAUGAGCAGCCAUGGUCGAGUACUGUCUCUGUUGAUUGCGAUGUUGCUUUCCUGCUGUGGCUUAGCCGUCGUCUGCUGUGUCACAGGCUACACCCAUGGAACGCACACCUUGGCUUUCAUGGCAGCAGAGUCUCUUCUUGUGACAGUGAGGACUGCUCAUGUGAUUUUACGAUACGUAAUUCACCUCUGGGACCUCAACCAUGAAGGGACUUGGGAAGGAAAGGGAACAUAUGUCUAUUACACAGACUUUGUCAUGGAGCUCACUCUCUUGUCCCUGGACCUCAUGCACCACAUACACAUGUUGUUAUUUGGCAACAUCUGGUUAUCCAUGGCCAGCCUGGUCAUCUUCAUGCAGCUGCGCUACCUGUUUCAUGAGGUGCAGCGUCGAAUCCGGCGGCACAAGAACUAUCUGCGAGUGGUUGGGAACAUGGAAGCCAGGUUUGCAGUUGCAACUCCAGAGGAGCUGGCUGUCAAUAAUGACGACUGUGCGAUCUGCUGGGACUCCAUGCAGGCUGCAAGGAAACUGCCCUGUGGACAUCUUUUCCACAACUCCUGUCUUCGUUCCUGGCUAGAACAAGACACCUCCUGUCCAACAUGCAGAAUGUCUCUUAAUAUUGCUGACAAUAAUCGUGUCAGGGAAGACCAUCAAGGCGAGAACUUGGAUGAAAAUUUGGUUCCUGUAGCAGCAGCUGAAGGCAGACCUCGCUUAAACCAACACAAUCACUUCUUCCACUUUGAUGGGUCCCGUAUCGCGAGUUGGCUGCCGAGUUUUUCCGUUGAAGUGAUGCACACCACCAAUAUUCUUGGCAUUACGCAGGCAAGCAACUCCCAGCUUAAUGCAAUGGCGCAUCAGAUUCAAGAGAUGUUUCCCCAGGUUCCAUACCACCUGGUGCUGCAGGACCUCCAGCUGACACGCUCAGUUGAGAUAACAACAGACAACAUUUUAGAAGGACGGAUUCAAGUACCUUUUCCCACACAGCGGUCAGAUAGCAUUAGACCUGCCUUGAACAGUCCUGUGGAAAGGCCAAACAAUGACCAGGAAGAGGGAGAAACUUCCAAUCAGACCGAGCGUGUGCCGCUGGACCUCAGUCCUCGCCUGGAGGAGACAGUGGACUUCAGUGAGGUGGAAGUAGAGCCCAGCGAGGUGGAAGACUUUGAGGCCCGGGGAAGCCGCUUCUCCAAGUCCGCUGACGAGAGGCAGCGCAUGUUAGUCCAGCGGAAGGACGACCUUCUGCAGCAGGCUCGCAAGCGUUUCUUGAACAAAAGUUCUGAAGAUGACACGGCCUCAGCGAGCUUCUUCCCCUCGGAAGGCACGUCCUCUGACCCUGUGACCCUGCGUCGAAGGAUGCUGGCUGCUGCUGCUGAACGGAGACUCCAGAAGCAGCAGACCUCCUAGCGCUGCCGCGCCUUCCUCCACCGCUGCCUCCUGCGCCUGACCGGAAGAGGCCUAUCCCAGCUCUGCCUGCUGUAUGAAGAAGUGGGCUGACUGCAUUGCCGCUGUAUAAAAGCAUGUGGUCUUAAUAGUGUUUGGACAGCUGACAAAUUUAAUCCUUCUUUGUAAUACUUUCUAUGUGACAUUUCUCUUCCCCUUAUAAACACUGCACAUUUUAACUCUAGGCAUGAUCUCUUCUGGCAUUGACCGGACUUCUUGGGGGUGGGGGAUGAUCAAGAGGAAGUGGGCAGCCCACCUGCCUCGAUUACUGCUUUAUGCCCAAGUCACAACAACUGCUAGUGUCCUUAGCUCCACAUCUGGCUAGGAGAGAGUGUGCUGGGGGGAGGAUGCGUAUAGAGUGGUGAGGAGAUGCAUGGCAUGAGGCUGACCCCCACCGUGGGGCAAUAUCUAUUGUCAAACUGUCGUCCUUAGUGGGGAAGCAUAGUGUUCCAGAGGCCAGACCCACAGGCUCUGGACCCCUGGGCCAGCAGGACAGCUGGGGAGAGAACUCUUGGUUCGAUAUCUGGAGCAGAGGAGGGGAAAGCCCGACCUGUGGAGUGUGAGGAGGUGACCCCUUGCUGUCCCACUACAUUUGGGACUGAUUUGCUGACCCCCCAAUCCACAGCUGGCUUUAUUUCCGUUAACUCUGGUGCUCCUGCAUCUCGUGAGCGUGCCUCUGUGUCUCUCCUCUCUGCAUUUCCUUGCCCCUCUGAGUGAGGGAAAGGGUUAAGCAGCAAACUUUUGUUUAUGGUUUUAAUUCCUUGGUCAGGUAAAUUAGGUAAUGCCAAAGCCUGUGGGUUUGGUCUUUGGAGAAGAUGUGGCUCUUGCAAGAUGGGAGAGUAAAUUUUGGAGGGCUUUAUUGAAGAAAUAAAAGAUGUCUUUUGUAUCUUUCUUCUCUGGAGCCCUUCAUUUUCAUGACUUUGUUCCUAUUGGUUUGAUUAAACAUAGAAAGGGAAGGUGUUGAAUCCACAUGCCUUGGAGCAGACCCAGGUCCCAAGUCUCUUCAAACUCUUUGUAUACUUUAAGGAUUUGAAACAUGCAAUCAUAGGUUACAUAGUUCAGUUUUAUGUCCCAUUGGAUUAAUUUUUUUUUUAAUGUUUCAAAGCAUAGUUUUAUGGUAGUCCAUUUGGGAGGAAUUCAGUGUUAUCUAAAAUAAUUGGCAAAGUUAAAUGUAUUUUAUAUAACUGAAAGUUUUUAGAGUGUUGAAAAGUAAUUGAAAAAAGGGUGAUAGGUAAAUAUUUAGGCAGAGAUAAUUUAUUUCAAUAAAUCUUUCAAAAGCCUUACCUUGAAAUGUUGUUAGUAAAUUUCUGUGAUUUUUUAGAAAAUUUGUUUUGUUUUGCUGAGAGCAUAGCUAUUUGUUUGUUUUUAUUGUAAAACAGUAACAACAAUAAAAAGCAAAGUCUUCUAGUGUGUGGUGUGUGACUGGAGGCUGCAGAAGCUUUUUUCAGAGGUGCCAGAGUUGAAUCCCCAUUUGAUUUUACCAUUUUGGUUGGAGGGUUUUUUUAAUCCUAAUUUUGUUUUUCCUAAUAUUUUAUUUGGAGAAGGCAGAACUGAAUUUUAUGUUCCCCUCAUGUUUGUUUCAUUUUUUUCAAGGUAAGUGGGGAGAAAAAGUUUAUUUUACUUUCCUUGAAUUAUGUCAUGCUUUGCACGUUGCACACAUUAAAGAUGACAUUGAUUCCA